AAAUACCGCUUCUUCCAUCUCCGCCAAUUCGCCAUCGUCGAUCGACGCCCAGCAUUUUUAUCGCCGCUUCGAGUUUUGUUUCUCUUUCUUUUCGGCGUCGUGUUCAUCUCGGGCUGCAGAGAGAUCCAUUGUUGGGAGUGUGAUGAUAUGGAUGGGCGGUCCUGGGGGAGUUCGAUGGCGUAAUGGACGUGCUCUUGGUGAGGGAUCCAGGGCUCGUCACAGGGGGGAUGCACAGGCAUUGGCUCUUGCGGUGGUUGAUGCUGAGGAGGAUAUCCUUGAGCCAGCUUUUCCGAUGUUCGAGGAGAUUGUCGAUAUCCGGCUUGAGGAACUGACCAUGGAGGUAGUCAGCUUGCGCACCAUGAUGGAUACCAUGGUCCAUCGACAGUCUACGAUGCAGACGACUUUGGACACGUUAGUGGAUUUGGUGAGCUUUUGGGUGACGGGUCAUCCGUCUCAGUCUGUUCCAUCCACAGAUCUCGUUCCACAUGUUGAGGAUGUUCCUAGUGCUGUCUCUGCGACGACCCCUGCUCCAGCUACUACGUCGGCUCCUUCUGCUGAUCCUGAUACCACUCUUUCGGGAGAUGAUCUCAUUGAGUUCUAUGUUCCUUUAUGACACGUGUUAUUGUACGUUCUGUGGAUGCUUGAUGUGGAGUCUUUAUGUGAACUUCAUUUUAUUUUGGGUAUAUGAUAUUUUGCUUGUUCUAUAUUUUAUUUUGUUUCAAAAAUCAUGAUUGUUAUAUUAUGUCGGUAUCUGUGUGUUUAAGGGGGAGUUCCCCAGCUUUAUCAUGGUUGCUUAGUGCGCAUAUUGAGGGGGAGUUUUGUUUUGAUAUUUGACAA